UUAAAAUUGAAGGAUGACCUAUCCUCCGAAAAAUCCUAGAGGUUGGGAGCACACAGCCACGAACGUUUUGGGUGACAAAAGGGCCAAGAUGCGAACCAACGUUUUACAUCAAAGAGUAAUAAUCGUUCCACAGAUUAAUCUGGUCUAGGCGGUCCUAGGUAAAAGCAAUACAUUCUGUCGUUCCCUUCCACCACCAUCGUUUGCUUACGGAAUCAGAAGCCAGAAGGGCGACAGUGUAGCUCAAGGUAACGAGUAAAUUUCAGGUUAAUUAUGUAUAAAGCUUUAUGUUGGCCCGAUGAGCGUUUCGAGCUUUGUUCGCAAGAGAUGGUACGAGACUUUAUUGCACUCAACUGUGAGGGGGUCAAGCAUGGUGUAACAAACUGCAAACAACUAUCUCAUUUCCGCGCAACGAAUGAUAUCUUGAAACCGAAAGAACUUUUUCAUCGGCGGAAGAUUCGGCAGUAUCCGAUAGAUCCUAACUUCAGUCAUGGUGUGGUCGACCGGUCAUUCACGCCCAUGCACGAAUUGAUCGCUCACAAGUACCAAUCGGACUGGCUCGAAGCGCAAAUGAAAAGGCUGGCCCAUUUAUAUGAACAGCAACAUGGUGCACUGGACACUUUCAGGAGUGAGGCUUGCCGGAAAGAGGCCUUUCGGGCAUAUGAAGCGGAGAAGUCCGCGCGUUUGGGAAUGCUUGGUCAAGGAAUACCCCGAUCCGGUGAGGCUGGAUGAACAGCUGCAAGGAUGGUCUGUAGGAAAGACUCAUUACCUCUGCUUCGCACGGUUUCACAUCCCAGUUUCAACACCAACCGUC